CAACUCAGUGUGGGGCCGGCUCCUGAUAACGAGGGUUGGAUUGGUAUUUCUCUGGCCACACCUCCAUUCAGCUUCUUGUUUGAAGGGUAAUGUGUAGUUUUCAAGCUGUAGAGGACAAGUCAAUGUGAACAGGCAGCCCUUCCACAUCUGUAGGGAUCUUGAGCCACUGUCUCAUGGCUCCAGCACGGUUUAGGCUUGGGAUCACAGUGCUUGUGCUCAUCUUACCUGCUCUGUCCAAUGGCCAGUUUUGGAAAGACUGGUUGUGGACAGGGAGCAAAGAGACUACAGCAAGCCCGAGAACUAAUCCUGUAAUUCCAGAAACGUCUUCAGUGGAAACUACUGCUGUGCAGCAACACUCACUUGAUGCCUCACCAACCACAUUGCACCAUACAUCAGAUGCACUACUCUCAGCACAGCAUACAUCAGCACCUGCAGAGCAGCACUCGUCUGAAAAAGAUAACCUGCCGGAGGCAACAUCAGCUGACCUAGAGACAGCUUCUCUGUCAACUCCAAAGAAACCCACACCUUCAGCAAAGCCUUAUACAGAACUGUCACCCACUGCAUCCUCCGCAGCCGUACCCGAGGCCAGCACAGUGAUCCUAAGCACAGAGGGCAAGAAUGUCAGUACUGAGACAGCAGGAGUGACCAGACCCCUCGAAACGACAGAGUCCACCACUUCUGCCAGGAGCCAGGAGGAAAAGCAAAUAUGGAACAUAUUCAGCGUCCAGAAGGGAAAGCAAAAUGUGGUGCCUGGGACUGUGGCCACAACACCUACAGUGACACCUGUAGCGAUGGAUGUAACCAGCGGUCCCUCUUUGUCAGAAGCUCCAAAACCUCACAAGCUGGAAAGUGAACACAACAUUGCUGGUGUAGGGGCCGAGAUUUUAAAUGUAGCAGAAGGAAUUAGGAACUUUGUGCAUGGCUGGGAAGAUAAAGUUACCAAUGCCACAAAGCAGACUCCUACCCCUGACACAGAGAUGGUGAUUGCCACCACAAUCCGAAGUCUUACCAUAAAUGACACUGCUACCUUAAGUCACAAAGAUACAGAACAAAGCGAGAACACCACAGAAAACCAUACGGAACGUCCGGUGUCCGGGCCACAUAAACUGAUCUCAUCCCACAACAAGCCACUUCUACCAGGUAUUUCUUCUUUUCCAGUGGAUACAGUGGUUUCUGCUCCUCUUAGCAAUUCAGUGUCAGAAGUCAGCACUGAAAAUGUAGAACCAGUAUCCCCAAGCAGCCUUCUGGGAUUGGGAGGAGCAGCCCUAAUUCCUGGCACAGCGGACGCACAAACCUUGCUCACGGAUCACACGGGCAGCAUGCGCAGUGCGAUUCCACUGAAAGUAACCUCUCUUUCCAGUGGCCUAUCCCAUGAUGUGUUAAAUUCAUCCCAGUUGAAUGGGAAUAACAUAGGCAAACAGAGUGCUUACCCCUCCAAUCAGGUUUAUAAGAGCCCUGAGCUCCUGAAACAUUCUGGGAUAGCUGCCACUCUUCAUGGUGUUUCUGCACCUAAUUAUUAUGUAACUAGUCUAAAGGGACAUCCCCAUCCAUCUGAAACUGAUUUACUAACCAGCACUAAAUCUCCCAUUCCAUCUUUUAGACAUAAUAGCUCCAGGACUGCUUUUAUCUUGCCCAGAUUGACUCCAUCAAAUGCUCGCUGCUUUCCUACCCCUACCAGCCUAUCCUUCUGCAAAAGAUUAGGAAUUGACUCCUUUCUGCUCCCCAAUUUUCUGAAUCAUAGCACUGUGCUGGAAAUUCAGGCCGCUUUGCAUGAUUGGGAGGGGCUGUUUAAAUCUCAGUGUCACCAAUACCUGGAAUGGUUUUUCUGCUUGCUGCUGGCUCCAAGCUGUAACACUGGCACUUUGGCACCUCCGCCGGUGCCAUGCCGUCAGUUUUGUGAGGUACUGCAGGAUGCCUGCUGGAAUCUUCUGGAGGGAUCACAUCUCCCAGUGUCAUGUGACUCUCUUCCUGAGAAUAAUUCUGGGGUUUCUUGUGUUUAUAUUCAUUUCUAUGCAGGUUCCAAGACACAAGUUUCUGCUUCUUCCGAGCUGACAGACGGCUUUGGCACAGAAGUUGGCCUCUUGCAGUUGAUUGGAGAACCUGUACCUAAUGAGAUCACCAAAGUCUUUGGGCCCGACAAGACACCCGCAUAUGUAUUUGAUAAAGAAGCCAAUACAGGCCAGGUGGCCCAGUACCAUCUACCCAAUCCUAUGUAUAGGGACUUCUCUCUCCUCUUCCAUGUCCAGCCAUCAACUAACAAGGCCGGCAUCCUGUUUGCCAUCACUGAUGCCUCUCAGUCCAUUGUGUAUAUCGGGGUGAAGCUUUCUGAAGUCAAAGAUGGGAAGCAAGACAUCAUCUUCUACUACACAGAGCCUGGCUCACAGGAUUCCUAUGUAGCUGCCACCUUCAACGUCCCAUCACUGGUGAACCGAUGGUCUCGAUUUGCAAUCAGUGUGGAGGAUGAAGAAGUUGUACUGUUUAUGGAUUGUGAUGAGCUGGAAAGGGUGCGCUUCGAGAGAUCUCCAGAUGAGAUGGAACUAGAAGAUGGCUCUGGGCUCUUUGUUGCUCAGGCAGGUGGUGCUGAUCCAGAUCGAUACCAGGGUGUAAUAGCAGAUCUAAAGAUUGUAGCAAAUCCAAGAGCUGCAGAACGUCAAUGUGAGGAUGAUAGCGAUGAUGAUGAUGGGAUCUCUGGAGAUUUUGGCAGUGGUAUUGCAGAAAAUGAUUUGGUGACGACUUCUCCUCCUGUGGUCAUCAAAGUGCAGCCUCCUAUAACUGUCCCUCCCAUACAGAGAACCCCUGUGGAGAAAGAGAUUGUUGUGACAGGUCAAGGUCAGCAAGGGAUUAAAGGAGAGAAGGGUGAUCAUGGAGAGAAGGGUGAGAGGGGACUGACUGGUCCUAAGGGAGACAGUGCAAGUGUGAGCCCAGCUUCUGAUUCCAACGGAGAAAAGGGCCAGAAAGGAGAGGUUGGAGUGAAGGGAAGUGCAGGCUUUGGUUAUCCCGGGCCUAAAGGGCAGAAAGGAGAUCCUGGAACCAUGGGACCAAGAGGACCAGCAGGCCCCCCUGGACCAUCUAUAUUACAGAAAAGUGACGGAACUACAGUAAGGCAGGUCACAGGACCUCCAGGCCCACAAGGCCUGGCAGGACCGGCAGGAAAAGACGGGGAACCAGGUGACCCUGGUGAAGAUGGUAAAACCGGAGAAGUUGGCCCACAAGGAUUUCCAGGGACCCCCGGUGAUCCUGGGCAGAAGGGAGAAAAGGGUGAUACUGGUGUUGGUAUGCGAGGUCCUCCUGGGCUACCAGGUCCACCAGGCCCCCCUGGACCUGCUAAAACAGACAAGCUGACAUUCAUUGACAUGGAAGGUUCUGGAUACAGUGGAGAUUUGGAGCAUGUCAAGGGACCCCCUGGUUUGCCUGGGCCCCCAGGUCCUCCAGGUGUACCUGGGUUACCCGGAGUACCCGGAACUUUUGGAAUGAACAGCACAGGAUUGCCGGGUCCAUCUGGGUUGCCAGGCCUUCCAGGAAAGGAAGGAAUUCCAGGUCCUCCUGGCCUCCCCGGACCCCCUGGAAAAGAUGGAUUGCCUGGUGCGUCUGGUGUUGCUGGAAUACGGGGUGAAGAUGGAGAGAUUGGUCUUCCAGGGGCCCCUGGAGCAAAGGGUAACCCUGGUGAGCAAGGACAACCUGGAGCUGCUGGACAACCUGGUUUAGCUGGACUUCCUGGACCAAUGGGACCACGUGGGCAACCAGGUCCUCCAGGACCACCUGGGCCGGUGAGCCGUGGAUCUGCAAUUGGCUUUGAUGACAUGGAAGCUUCAGGGCUUGGAUUUGGCUUAAGAGAAGGGGCACAGGGGCUUCCUGGACUGCCUGGGGCAAAGGGAGAGCAAGGAAAUCCAGGGCUGCCAGGAUUACAAGGAGUUAAGGGAGAUAGUGGUCCUCCAGGCCCUGAAGGAAGGCAAGGGUUGGAUGGUUUCCCAGGUCCAGAGGGAUUAAGGGGUGAAAAAGGUGAACGUGGUGAGCGGGGAGAGACUGGUCAUGAUGGUGUCGGUAUUCCAGGUCCACCUGGACCUCCUGGUCAGGUUCUUUAUGUACCAUCAGAUGACAAGAGUGUUGUUGGUGCCAUUCCUGGACCAGAGGGCAGGCAAGGUAUAGCUGGACUUCCGGGCCCAAGGGGACCCAAAGGAGAUCAGGGCUUGGAUGGUUUCCCAGGAACACAUGGAGCAAAGGGAGAGAAGGGAGAACCUGGACUUAUGAUGAGACCUGAUGGCACCCUUUACACUGACCCAUCUAAAGGAGAGAAGGGUGACCAAGGUCUAAGGGGACCAGCAGGAUCUGUGGGACCAUAUGGACAAAAGGGAGAAAUCGGGUUUCCAGGACGCCCUGGUCGUCCUGGUAUGAAUGGAAUGAAAGGGGAGAAAGGAGAAUGUGCAAGUAGUGGUUCUGGACUUAGGGGGCCCCCUGGUCCUCCAGGUCCUCCCGGUCCUCCUGGCAGUGUGGUGAAUGGAGAUCAAAAUAUCCCAGGAGCAUAUCCAGGUCAAAAAGGGGAGAGAGGAUUUCCUGGACCCCAAGGUGAUGUUGGUCCUGCUGGCCCACCAGGCUCAUUCCCAUAUGAUUUAAGUACCUUUGCCUCGGUCUUAAGGAGAGAAGCUGGACUCAAAGGAGAGAAGGGUGAAUCUGGGGGUGGUGCCUAUGGACAGGGGAUCCCAGGGCCACCUGGAAACCCUGGAUAUCCAGGACUACCGGGAGCUAAAGGAGAAAGUGUUCAGGGUCCUCCAGGCCCAGUCGGCCCACCAGGACCUUCUGGAAUCGGUUAUGAAGGACGGCAAGGUCCACCAGGGCCCCCAGGUCCUCCAGGCUUACCAGGCGCCUCCUCCUCAUAUCCUGGCCCUCACAGGCAAACCAUCAGCAUACCUGGACCUCCUGGUCCACCAGGCCCACCAGGAACAUCGGGAGGAACAUCUGGGGCUACUGUGCUGCAGACCCACCAGACUAUGAUCAACUUGGCCCACAGGCUGCAGGAAGGAACAAUUGUGCUGGUCCAGGAGAGGGCAGAGCUGUAUGUGCGUGUCAGAGAAGGCUUCCGGAGAAUUCUUCUUGGCGAAUAUACAACAUUAUCUGGCCCAGGACAGGAUAAUGAAGUUGCUGCGGAACAGGCUCCUGUAGUUCCAUAUCCACACCGUAACAAAGAUUCAGAUUACCUUCAGUCCACAGAGGAGAACAGCAACAAUGCUAAUGUGCCUUCAGGUGCCCGACCCUGGAGUGAUCCCCGACUCCCAGAACCACCAAGAGUAGACCCACCACCCCCAGAUCAUCACCAGCAUGGAAACCCUCGUCCAUUGGAACCAUCCCCUGUGCACACUCACCAAGACUUUAAUCCUGCGCUUCACCUGGUGGCUCUGAACGCUCCAAUAAGUGGCAGUAUGAAAUCCAUCCGAGGAGUGGACUUCCAGUGCUUCGAGCAAGCCCGCAAGGCUGGACUACAUGGCACAUUUAGAGCAUUCUUGUCUUCCCGACUUCAGGAUCUUUACAGCAUCGUACGCAGAGCUGAUCGACAAUCUGUGCAAAUUGUUAAUCUCAGGGAUGAAGUGUUGUAUGACAAUUGGGAUUCACUGUUUUCUGGUUCUGAGGCUCAGAUGAGGUCUGGCGCACGUAUCCUCUCUUUUGAUGGAAAAGAUGUUACUACAGAUCCUACAUGGCCACAGAAGAUGGUUUGGCAUGGGUCGGAUGCUAAGGGACGGAGACUUACUGAAAGCUAUUGUGAGACCUGGCGCACAGAUGAAAGUGCAGUGACUGGCCAAGCUUCAUCACUGACAAGUGGGAAACUCUUAGAACAGCGCCCACAGAGCUGCAACAAGAACUUCAUUGUUUUGUGUAUUGAGAACAGCUUCAUGACUAAUAACCGGAAGUAGAAGCACACGAGGAAGCUAGGGGGUGCUAAGCUUGACAGAGGCUGCACAUGGACUUUCCAGGAUUUGUUUUUCUUUUGUCCAGAGACCAAAGAGUGUCUGAAACUGCUCUCCCAUGAGCCUUUAUGUGCAGUUUUACUGUCCCAGCUAUCAUGGGGCAACCUCGCUUGAAUACACUGUGUGAGCUAUUCCCUGCGCUUGAAAACCCUGUGGCAGCCCUAGUGUUACAUUCUCCUAAUUCAGACACUGAUCCCUUCCCUGGAACGUGGAACUUCCAGAACCCAUUCUUCACGAAAGCCUUUUGAGGCCAGCAGGGUGGGUGCAGAGCUCAUAGGGUGCUCAUCGUCACUCACUUGGUGGCCAAAAAUAGGAAUAAUCUGUAUGUAUUCUGUAAUAUUUAACCACUAUUAGUUACACAGACGCACACAUAUUACUACAUGUAUUUCUUUUGUCUGUUUCCUUAAACACUGAAACACCCAGUGGCAAAUACUUAUUAGACCAUAGUUUGUGUUUAUGAAUAGGAAAAGUAAUUGAAUUUACCCAUAGAGGUUAAAGCCUAUUUCUACCGCUGACUCCUUGCAGCAACUUGGCAUAAUGUUUAGGCACUCCUAUGGGAUGUUCCUUUGUAUAUACCUGUUGCAGAGUGUACUCAGGCCGAAUGCGGGCUUGCUUAGCUAUAUGGAGGUUUCAUAAGUGGGACUAUAUUCUAUGGACUGUCUGUACAGAUUUUCCAUGAUAAAAUACAGUUAACGCCCUAAAGAUUUACCGUUAACCAGAAGCCCCACCUCUGUUGCUACAUGGAGACAACCUAAGCCUAAGGUCCCACUGCCACUGACAUAUGAGGAAUCCUUAGUUUACAAACAUUGGUCACAGCUGUUGAAGUUGAUUUGUACAGUUAGUGUCAGACUUUAAUAAAAAAAUGUCAAAGUAUGUACAUUUUCCAGUAGUUAGAAUUCUUUUGGGGAUUGUAGAGGUGAUUUAUAAGAUGACUGACCUUUAUUUGCACAGUGACAACACCAACUGCAGCAAAUGCACAAUAACUAUUAAAUGCUGCUUUUUCCAUGGAAGAACUAAUUUGCUCCACUGGUAGUUAGAUAGGCACUUGGGAUGGGGUUCAUGUAAUACCAGGUACUAAAUUAGCACCACUUCUAGUAGUCCAUAGUAGACAGUCAGCAAGAACAAUAAGCAUCCUGCUGUAUGAAAAGCAGUAUCUGGAUGCUUUUCUAGUACCUGGAUCUAUCCUAAGCCAGAGUUACAUGAAUGCCUUUGCACUGCAGGUAGGAAUAUGAUGUAUGUAUUUGUCUGUGGCCUGUAGUAUUUGCAGUACCUGAUUCUUUCCCUCCACUCCUGGGACCAUGGUGCCAUAUUUGUUCCUGUAUGAAAACUUGCCAUGAACCUUGAGCUGAGGAACCGAGAGUUGGGUGUAGGCUACAUUCUUGUGGUUGGUAGGGUUGCCUUGUCCAUAGUAAUGUCAGCCAAUGAAUGAAAGCCUGGCACACAGGUAUAUAGUAAAUAAAUUGCCAUCAGUGAGGGAUACAACUCCUUUCUACUUCUAAGGGUGCUAAAAAAAUCUUUUAUUUUUUUAAAUGCUUUUAGAUUAUUUUUAAACCAGGAAACAGAUGAAGUUUUCUACUGUAAUCUUUGUAUUUUUGAAACAAAUCAAACCUGUGGAUAUUUUACAUUCAUUGCUUAUAAAUACUUCUAGGACUAA